AUGGGUGGUGUAUCAUGCCAUGAUACACCACGUCCUAGUGUAAUGGAUUCCAUGGAUGAGCGUUAUCGUCAAUAUCGAGAAAGUGCGACGGAAUUUCCAUUGGUGCAAUUUGGACUUGGCAUUUUUCAGUGGAAUACAAAAGACCAAUGUUUUCAUGUGGAAACGUAUCAGUUCCCACUCUUUCCAGUCUUUCAUGACAAAAUUGAUGGACUAGAGACGAUCAAAAUGAAAACUUCUGGACCAAUGAACAAUCAAGAUGCUUCGGCUUGUCCAGAUCGAAGGUUUUUACUACAGGCAAAAUGUUUGCAAUAUAUUCGAGCUCAUGGUUUUGAUCUCAAUGUAUGGAUUGAUCAAGGUAUUGGCUACUUGUCACACAAUGAACAAGAAAAAGAACCGUGCAAGUCCAUGCUUGAACGAUCAGCACGACCAGAGAUAUUGAGAAAAUUUCAUCCGAAACAAUCUGCACUGAUUACAGAUGAAACACAAAUAUUCUUGGAUCAAGUGAUGACCAAGUUGAAACAAAGACUUGCAGCUUUUGAAGAUGGAAGGAAAAAUGCCGUGACAGGAAAAAGUAGUGGUGGAAGAGUGAUGCAAGAUAAUACCGUUCGACGACGUGGACGACGUGGUGGCAAGAAAAACAAGAAGAAAAACAAUGGACGGAAUAAACUGAAGAUAAUUAUCUUACGUGGGAAGGAGGAAUUGAUGGAACAGCCACAUGCUGAGGAAGAUUUGGAAAAUACAGUGAAGGAGGAAGACGUUGAGGAGGAAAAUGAGGGAGCUGUUGACGAAGAUGACACUGGACAACAGGAGGUGGGUAUGUCUGAAACAGAUCUUGCAUUAGGUGAAGAAGAGGAGGAGAACCUUGAACCAGACAAUGACACUAUCGUUGCCAUGAAGCGAUUCUUGCUGACGCCAGUGCCUGCUGAUCCAACGCUUGCUCCGUGCGGUGCGUACGUGACUGAACCACUGGCACCCUUCCGUCGCCAAGCUCUCGCGCAGUAUCUUCACAGUGUUUUUCCAGAUGCUCUAGCGCUUGAUUGUAAAGUGGACAACGUUGAUAAUGCGGAUGUCAUGCGUAAUCCAUGGAGACGUCGGGUCCGUAUUGUUGCCGCGCAUUCGAAAUGCAUCAAGCUAGCGUUGUCGUUGGCUGACCAACAGAUUGCAGAUGAUGAGAUGCGCGAGCGAAACCUUCGUUUGAUUGGUUUCACUGCUGUACUGGACGCCAUUGUAGCCGCGCGAAAGCCAAUCAUUGGACACAACAUGCUCCUUGAUCUCAUGCAGUGCUACGCAAAGUUUCAUGGACCACUGCCAGGGCGGUGUGCCGAGUUUCAGCGAGAGCUGCAUACAUGGCUUGGUAAGGGUGGUGGCGUCUUCGAUACAAAGGCGCUUGUUGACAACGCUAUGCAAACGGUGGACUCUUUUGCGACUCAUUUGGCACAUACUACGCUUGAGAAUUGCUUCGAGACAUUGUCGAAGCAUCCAUUCUACGGCCCAGAGGUCCGCAGUGUGCAGCCAAGUGUGAGGGGUAUUGAUGCAGCACGUGAACAUGGAAAUGAACUAACGAGCUCAUCGCAAGCACCACUUCAGGCGCACCAGGCAGGCUAUGACGCAUUCAUGACGGGGUUUGUAUUCUUGCGCGUGUGUUCUGGUCUGGGGGUAUCGAACGAGUGCAUCACUUCCUUGGGAACGCCGUUGCAACGUUCAAAUUGGGAUUCAAAGCACACUGACGAAACACUAGAGAGACUGCGAAACGUAUUGUUUGUGAGCCACUUCCUGCCAAAGUAUGUGCUGGAUCUACCAGGUCCGUUUCCUGAGUCUACUCCUACACCAUCGCGCUCUCGGUUUGUGCGGAUGAAGCUGACGCGGACGCGUGCACCGGUUGCUGCAGAUGCUACGUCUUUGUCGAAUGGUGGCAACGUUUCUAGCUCAGUUUUGAAGACGUUCCACAUUAAGCACUGUGUGGGGUGGGCACUUAAUCUACAAUCAGCAACUCGACUUGUGAACGUGUACUGGGAGGGACAGCAGUGUGUGUACGUCGAGUUGCCGUCACCCGAGGUAGCCGAACAGCUCUUGACAGUACGCAGUCAAACAAAAGAGUGCUGGGGGUCUGCUAAUGAUCCGAUGCCGUCAAUCGGGUGCGUCGAUUUGGAUCGAUGUCCAGGAACGUACGAGUGCGCGGAGAUGAAGGCAACAGCGACGAAUUCGGUGCCGCUUAUACUCACGCAGCCCAAUAGUGAUGACGAAAAGACCCGCAGGAAACGCAAGAGUUGUGAGAUGGCGUAG